AUGAGGUUGUGUUGGCAGUGCUGGGCGUGUGCCCCGCCCCCCCUCCAGCGGCCUCAAUACGCUAAAAACUACGUCCGCCUCGCUAGUGGGGGCCCCUUGGCUCCACUUCCCCGCCGGCGUCGAGGGAACCACCCCCGGUCCAUUACGAAGGGGGCCGGGCCGCUCGUGGCGCCUUUUCGGGGGCCACCAGGAUCAACUGGGACAUCGCCGCCUCCCUACGGCGCUCCCGCCCCCCCCUUACGCCGUGCCAACCCCGUGCGCCAGUGUGCACCCCAGUUCCCAGGGCUCUCCGUCGGCCCGUCGUCCACCAGGCUGCCCCCACUACGGGUCCCCGGCCCGGCCACGACACCCCCAAUGUCGGCCCCAAAGGCUGAGUUUUUCCGCCUGUAUAAACCCGCAGGGGAGCCGCAGCCGCGGGGCCGGACUAUGAUGCUCCCCCGAUAUGAACCCAAUUAA